AUGACAACUUGGAAGAUGUACACUGGAAGGGAUGAUCCCAUCUCACAUGUUAACAAUUUUGAGAUACAGAUGGAUCUCCAAGGAGUUAGAGAUGAUGUUCAUUGUAGGAUCUUUCCUGCCACUUUAUCUGAUAUUGCUCAACAAUGGUUCUUCCAACUGGAGCCAGGAACCAUUACAUUCUGGGAUACAUUUGUGAGGCUCUUUUACUCACAAUUCUUUGUUGCUUGUAUCCCACCUGCUAAACUAAUUGACCUUGUUGACAUUAAGCAAGGACCGAACGAGCCUCUAAAGGACUACGUGUUGAGAUUCAUACAAGAGGUUGCCCGAUCAAGAACGGUCAGCGAUGAGGGAAAAUUGAUGGCCAUCAUGGCUGGAAUCCAAAUAAAGGGUCCCCUAUGGACUGAAUUAAGAAGGAAAACCGUCUACUCAACAAGAAAGUUCUUAGAUCGAGCAGACGAGUUCAUUAGACUAGAAGAGGUAAUCAGAAGAGCAGAUCAAGCGAAUCAGGCAGGUUCCACUACUGCCCUUCCAGCCAAAGACAAUGGAUCUCCGAACCAGAACAAGAACCAGACAACCAAUGGUAAUGGUAAUGGAAAUAAUAAUGGACAAAGAAGUGGAAAACAAAAUAACAACUCGAACAGUGGCAAUAAUAAAGACAAAAAAGGCCCAAAACCAAUGAUAAGCCACGAGAGUAAAAUUAUCAGUUUACCACUUACUCUAUGCUCUUGGGGUCACGACAAGAAGUCUUUCAAGCUACACAAGCUGAGGUACCACAUAGGAAACCUAAUCCCAUAA